CCCAUUUACAACCUUAACACAGCCAGACGCCGUUUUACAGACCAACAGUUCACACGCGUCGGGGAAGUAAAUACCAGAAAAAUGGCAACGCUCGCCGGUCACUGGAAACUAGACACUACUGAGAAUUUUGAUGAGUACAUGGAGGCCGUCGGAGUGGGUUAUGUGCUAAGGAAACUGGCCUCCACAGCCAAGCCCGAACAACAUAUCAGUGUUGAUGGUGAUAACUGGACCAUUAAGACAACAAGCCUGGUGAAAAAUACAGAGAUCAAGUUUACUCUGGGUCAGGAAUUUGACGAAACUACUGCCGACGGCAGGAAAGUCAAGACUACAGCGACCCUGGAUGGUAACAAGCUAACGAUGAACCAGACGGGAGUGAAAGUGCCCUCCAUCUUGACCCGGGAGCUGCAGGAGGAUGGCAAGACCAUGGUGAUGACAUUAGUUGCCAAGAAGGAUGGGAAGGAUGUGACAUGCAUUAGAAAAUACAAACGAGCGGAGGAGUAAAUUACUGACUGCAGGCGCCACUUUUCAUCGGUGUAAUGAUAAUUUUAUUUUGACCAGUUGGCAGACUUUGGGCCGACUCAAGUAUUUUUAACUGUACAGAAGUAUUUCUGGAUUUUUUUUUUUAAUAUACCAUUACAUUUGUGUAUUUGGCAUUUUAAGCCUUGAUAUUGAUGUAUUUUAAAGCAUGGCAUUGACAUUUUUUUCUGUUUGGGCUAGACAGUGAGGGUAAUGGUGAUAGGUACACAGUAUUUAGGAAGGGAAGAAACUUUUAGCAUUACUGAUUUACUCAGUUGUCUCCCUUGAUUUAGGGUUAGCAGGUGAUCUCUAGCUACUUGCAUCAACAUGAGGAUUUAAUUCACUCUGUCAUAUUAACUGUGACUUUUGGAAAGGUUGUGUUUAUUUGCCUAGCAUGAUUUUUAUAUUUGGCUAAAUCUAACUCGAAAAGCUUGAGAAUCCAGGAAAUGAUCAAAGAAAAUUGACUUUUCAGCUUUAGAAUGAAUAUAACUUGAACAACCUUGGGAUUAAUAACAGAGUCGGAACACUCAAUAAAACAUUAAAGUGCAAAAAAUGGUGAAAGUCUGUGUUUGCAUUUUGCAAUUUCUCUGGCAUUACUGCUAAAGACCAGACGACUUAAAUUAUUUGUAGUGAAAAAAUAUGGUUGAUCGCAAUACUCACUCCAAGAAAACUCAUUUUGAUCUCUAACACAAAGUUAAAGGGUCCUUUUUUCCAGAGUAUUCGACCCUGGGGAAUAGUUUUUGUGCUGGCGUGCAGAAAGGGUGUAGCUAAGCUCACUGAAACAUCAAUGGACAUAAUUCAUCUAUUCCAGCCUGUAACAAAUCGACUAUAUGAAUAUUCGAGUACCAGACUGGGAAAUACCCAUAAAUUUGCCUUACUUGGCUUAGGAUAGUUGCCCCCUGUAUGUACAAGGCAGUUGUCACCCUGAUGAACUUGUUGGCAUUCGGUUUCAUUUUUGAAUUCAAUUCAUUAUUGACAUUUCUUAAAGUACUUAAUGAGAUAUUGUGCAUGUAAUGAGAUUUUUUUAUGACUCCUUGUGAAAGUUGUGAAUGUCACAGUUUUUAAAUCUAAGAAAGAAAUGACAGGGUAAUUCUUUUGUAGUACUUUUGGUUACAAGUUGGUGCUGCCAGAAAACAGUAUUCAAGGGGAGUAAUUCUCAGAGUACGUGCGAAGUUUCCAACUAGAUUGGAGUUGUCUCCCUUAGAUUGUUUCUUUUUUUUUUUUUUCUUUGUUGUAGAUCGUUCAUAUCUAGUCAUUUUCUUAUGAAACGCUUUAAUUUACUAAUUCUCAUUAGUAUACAUUUACUGUUAUUUGCGGCCUCAUACAAGCAUUUGGCAUUAUAAUAUACUUGUACUCUCAUUUAGUAUGUAUCUAUAUGCAUUAAAAAUGCCUACUGAUAAAAGAAAUUCUAUUGAAAUUUAUUCAUGCCCUCUUAUCAAAAGAAUCAAUUUUUUUACCUUAAAAGACUUGUAUCAGUUGUGGAACAUGUGGAAAAUUAUAUUGUCAUUCCGUGUACUGACCAAUGAAAUAACCUUUCUGAAACAUAUUUGCAUUUCUUCUUAUGUCAUCUUGUGGCCUUGACCUUCCAAAAUUUUGAAAAAUAAGAUGUAUUGUUUGGAGGUAGGGGGGGGGGGGGGGGGAUGAGCCCCGGUAUCUGUCCAGAGCUUUAACACUCACUUUGUACUUACUGCUGGGAUUUCACAGGAUUUGUGUUUGCUUUAUGGGCAUUAUUUUAAAGACGAAAUGAAGUGUGUUCAUUUUAAUGAUAGCAUUGAAUAGCGUACGGUACUUAAAAUUUGUAGUAUUAUAAGUAAUGAAUUUGUCAUUCACUUCUGUAUGAAAUGUUGAAUGAAAUAAAAGUUUACAGAGGUAUGGAAAAAA